UGUAAGCCACAUGGUAGUGCUCUUCUUGGAUCGUCGAAGUUGCUCAGUUCCGUGCAAUUUUAUGCAAUCAUAACCAUAAAUUGGGAGAGGAUGGGGAAGGAAAAACAGUGGGAAGUAAUGGACUCGAGAGUUUUUGAGGCUGCCCAUUUGGGAAAUAUCAAUGCCAUUCAACAUUUAAUAGACGAGAGUGCUGAUGUUUUGGAGCAAGUCACCAGUUCCAGCCAGAAUUCAGUUCUUCAUGUGGCUGCAAGAGCUGGACAGACAGAAUUUGUGUCUGAAAUUUUGAGAAUCAAACCUGAAAUUUUAUCCUACGUCAAUAGUAAGCGGGAUACUGCCCUGCACGAAGCUGCAAGAGAAGGACAUUUGGCUGUUGUGAAGGUGUUGUUGGACAAAGACCAACGCAUUGUUUACAAGGUUAAUCAGGAUUAUGAAACGGCCCUCUUUGUUGCUUGCAAGGAAGGCCACAUUAAUGUGGUUAAUGACUUGAUUCAAGUCGCUUCCUUGCUUGCCCUCGACUCCGAAAAACCAGACGAGCGGACCUCUCUUCAUGCUGCAUCAACUAGAGGACACGCAGACAUUGUAAAGGAGCUGAUUAAGGCGAGACCUGGGCUCGUUGGAAAAGUGGACAAGCAAGGAAGCAGCCCGUUGCAUUCAGCUGCACCACACGGCUAUCUGGAAGUAACGAGAGCGUUGUUAACAGCCGACCCGGAGAUUUGCUACAUGCUCGAUGGCUCUGGAAGGUCGGCUCUCCAUAUCGCAGCAAUGAAAGGACGGCUCAGCGUUGUUCAUGAAAUACUGUCCUUCAGGCCCGACUCUGCCGACGUGCUCUCCACACCGUCGCCUUCAAAGUAUUUGUAA